AUGGCGGGUAUUGGAUCCCUCUUUGCGGGGUUCAAGUCUCUAGCCAAACCGCUUGCGAAAGAUAGAAAACGAUCAGAAAGCUAUGGUGAUCUCGGCGACGAUCUUUCUGCGUUUGAGAGAGCUCUUGAAGACGCUAAGCCAGCCUUAUUAGAACGUGGAAAGUUGAGAACGUUCAAUGAAUGCUCCAAGUUCAUCCUCGAUACAAAAGAGCUCAUUCGCAGAAAUCCCGACUCAAACAGCAAGACAAAUCAAGAUCUACAAGAAAGACGCUCAUCAGCGCUUGUUUCACGACUGCAUGGCUACAUUUUAUUGCUCAACAUUGCAGUCAAUUCACCUCCACCAGGACCACAGGCCUGUGACUCGGUUCAUGAAUUGGAUGCCGUGCCUAUUUCCGAGUCACCGGGCGUUCCGAUCUAUGAGCUAGAUGCCAGAGAAAUCCAUGAGCUCGAGGCACAUCAUGUUCGUGGACAGCCAGUAUCAAGAGGCCCACUGGACGGAGCAUUUGAAACAACAGAGCCCCCUUUGCCGCUUAUUUUACAAGAAUCAAUCGCAACGGACAUCAUAGAACCCCAGACAGGUUUCCAAGGUCGAGCCUCUUCACUUUUGCGAUUAGAAGACUCUUCCCCCUACUCAUACCCUCCUUCUUUCAGCAAUUCAAACAAUCGCAGCUCGACUAGCUUAACCACCCUAUCCAGCAGUCUAAUUUUCCCAUCCCUUAGAGAUAGGACACCUUCUAUUACUUAUAAAGAAAAUAUCGAGUUUGCUAAGGCACUUAAAGAAGACCGUAUCGAUGUUGCUACCGUUUUGAAGUGUAUCAAAGACGGCAACAAAAGGUCACAGCUGAACCAAGAGUCCGUCAAUAAUGCCUUAGCCUUUGUAGCCAAGCAUCAAAAGAGGAAAGCUGGUCAAAUCGAGGCCAUCAAUGUUCUUGUGGAUCAGUGUGCCGCCGACAUUGAGUAUCGAGAUGAAAAAUACGGCAGAACUCCCCUUAUCUGGGCGAUUAACGUUGGCCGGGAAGACGUAGUGAGUCUUCUCCUAGACCAUAACGCUUUCAUCGAGGGCAGGGAUAGCAUCAAGAGUUGCACGCCCUUAAUUUGGGCCGUAUGUUUGGGUAAUGAAACAAUCACUCGGCUUCUUGUCAGCAGAGGAGCUAGUUUAAGAGCAGCUGAUGCUGAAUUUCAACGGACACCACUACUGUGGGCUACAAAAAGAGGUGCUUUCAAGGUGGCCCAAGUACUGUUGGAGUUUAUCCAGGACCCAAAUAUUCUUGAUAUCAAAGAUAGAGAUGGAAAAACUGCACUUGCUCUUGCAUAUACAGAAAAACAUCCUAUAACUGCAACGGCACUCCUUGAUUGCGGCUCUGAUCCAAACUUUACUUUCAAAUCCGGUCGACCGCUUAUCAUCUCAGCGAUUAUGGCAAAAGAUGUACGGUUUGUCCGUCUGCUUUUAAGCAAAGGGGCGAGUAAACAUGCUACGGAUAAAGACGGCCUAACAGCCCAGGAUUGGGCUCUGCGGAUGAGGGAUAAGAAAAUGAUUGGUCUUGUUUGUUCAGACGGAUGA